AUGUCCGGUGAGUGCACAGCACAAAGGCCUUCUGCCAGUUCUGCUUAUGAAGUGGAGCAGCGUCACGCUGCAGCUGCUUACAUGUGUGAUUGGUUGGGUGUCGAUUUGGAUACAGGGGACUACCGUCCGACACAGACCUGCUGGCACCCAAACUCCAAUAAAAUCACCAUGCUUGAUGACACUGUGUACGCGAGGGAGCUCUUCAGCAGGCCCUCUGCCAGGGCCCACUUCCACCACAGUCUUGGCUGUGAAAUGCUGCGGGCCUCCUGGGCCCACGGAGGUCUUAUUGCAAACUGGGAGUUCUUUGCAGAGUGGGACCGCUUCUGGAAUUCAGAUACUCACCCAGCCCGGGCGUUGCAAGCUGCUAGACGUUCAGUAUAUGCACCGGACGAAGCGGCUUUGCCUAGGCCGCACGAGUCGCAGAUGGAGGCGACGCUGGCCGGUCUGCAGGAGAAGGUGCGGCGCUGGAAUGCGGCACUCCAACGGUGCAUGCUGUUCACGUGCCCUCAACAUGUUCAGUGGGUGUUCCUUCAGAUGCGGCAGUCUUUCAUGAAAUGGUCACUUGCUUCUGCACACCUGGGGCACGUGCAAGCCAGAUCGAAGUUCAACUCUGCAUAUACGGCUCAAGGUCAAGGGUUUGCGGAGGACUGGGCUUUGCAGGCCACCUGCUGGGUGCCUGUGAUGACGACGGAACACCGUUCAGCCUCCCACGACUCCCGCGAGAUUGCUGGCAGUGAGGAUGACGAGCCCGUCGAGGAAUACACACCGGAAGGGACUCCUCUGCCUAGGGGCCCACCACCGCCAGCGACAGUUCAAUCGGCCCAGGGCAUCAGUCAUGCCAUCUCGACCGGGGUGGCCGAGGUCCUAGCACGACGCGGGGUGACUCUCAGACGUGCCUUGACGUUGCCACUUGGCGACAUAGAGGCCAUGGACUCCCUGCGCAUCGACGUGAGCUUCAUGGGGAACCGCUUGGCGAAUGCACAUCCCAACACGAUUUACUUCAACCCGACCGAGGAUGAGACGGUGGAGAGCGCGGAGGCGGAUGUCACCCGUGACAUUGUGGCGGCCAUGGAGAGGGAGGGGCGUAGCACCAUGACGGGAGAGGAAGCCACCAGGCUGGGCAACACGGAGCUGCAGGCAGUGAUCAAUGAUCUCGAUGACGAGGAGCGAGCAGCGAUCACGUGGGGCCCAGGAACAGCAGCUGGGAUGAGUGCAGCCUCCGCCCCGGAAUCCCAUGCGGUGGCGAUUGCUCCGGUUACGCCUCCACACUACACCGAUCGGGAGCGAGGUGGAGCAACGGCCAAACCAAAGGUCGGCAGAAAGCAGGAGCCUCAAUUGUUGGAACCUCCAGUGGGUAGCGCGCAGAGAUCAGAACUUCUUGUGAUUAAGCGUUGCCUCCCACACAUUCGCUUAGGCGACGCCACAGUGAAAGCACUCUCUAGGUCCCACUUGUGUUCAGGGAUCGGGGAAAAUCCCCAACGAGGGCCUGUACGGCUCCAUCCUGCCACAGCAACCUCUCGGCGAUCGUGGAUCAAAAAGAAUGCUGCAGUGAAGACGUUUGCCAGGGAGAUUGUUCUCAUUGCUCUCACUAUUUGCUUGUACUGCACCUGGGUGGCCAGGUACUCUACCAGCACCUCCUACAGAACUCAGGCGCGUGCUGCCUCUCGAAUGUCUUGGUUCCUCAGCUUUGUCACUGCCCUACCAGAGCGCUCCUACAGGUCCUGUUCCAGGGUCUUGCACUACGGCCUCAUCCAGCUGCAAGGGCUCCUCCGUUGCAUCGCGGGGCACUUGGCAAAAUCCCAACUCUCGGACCUUACACCGACAAGUACACAGCACUCAGCAGCAGACCUUCCAGGUCGCACUGGCGACUCAGCCCACUACGACGAGAUCAGCCGCACCGGUCCCAAUUCCGGUGGCACUUACAGCAGGCCGAUAGGACGACUGAAGUUCGGCAUAGUGCUUCUUCUGAACCAGGUUGUCGUGAAUCAAUCUGUAAGUGCAGACGUGAGGGUUGGCGGUCCUUUUGCUAUGCCGCCUGGAGCCUCUUCGGAGGCAAAGCUAAGCAGACCACGAGAGGCCAGCAUGCCUUUCCAAACCUGGACUCCUGACACAUCAAGAAUUCAAAAAAGGUCGUACCAAAGGGCCUAUGCGCGCGCUGUCCGCGAUGGAGGCGCAUUCUAUCGAGGCAGCUGGAAGCCACACGUCUGGUUCCAACGUGCUUCAGUCCGUCCGGUGUAUCUCCCGAAAUUUCGCAACACAACCCCUACAUCCGGUACCAGGUCCAUUCGCAUGAUGACAUGGAACGCGGGUGGGCUGAGCAGCGACGUGUACCAGGAAUUGCUCACUUUUGUGCGCGACCAGGGGAUGGAUGUGUGCCUUGUUCAGGAGACCAAAUGGGCUGAGGACAAUUGCUGGAGCUCGGUGGACUUUCACUUCAUCCACUCUGCUGGACGGGGCAAGCUGGACAAGGUGGGAGGACUACUCACCAUUGUUUCUACUAGACUCGCUAGACGGGAUGAUUUGCAAUACCAAGGGGUCCACCCGGGCCGACUCUUACACGUUCGGGUACAGACAGGCAAGGUUCCACUGGACAUCCUGAAUGUCUACCAAUAUGCUGCAAACGACAAGCCCGAUACACCUGAUCACAGGCACCGUUUUCUUCUAUGCCUGCAACGAUGCCUCUCAAGCCUUCCUCGGCGUCACGCCCUUGUACUCUCGGGGGACUUCAACAGCACAUGCAGUCCUGUGCCAAAGGUCUGUGGACCACACGUGCUGCCGGUUGUGGAAUCACACAAGUUCGAUUACAUGGACUUGCUCCACCUAUGUGAGGCGCAAUCUCUAGUGGUUCUUAACUCUUGGAAGGCUCCGUCUGCUGCACAUACUCUUGCCACCUUUACAUUCGGUAAGCUCCAGUCGCAAAUUGACUACGUGAUGGUCAGGCAAAGCAUGGCCAACGCUGAGGCCAAGCAGGCGGGGGUCAUUCGCAAUUACCCGGUGGCCAGCUGGCGGGAGGGGGCCAAUCACCAUGCAGUGGAGGCCACUCUACCUCUUCCUCGGCCUCAUUGGCUGUCCAGGCCACAACCACCUGCUGCUCAUAAAAUCAACAUGCCCCAGAUGAUAGCGGACCUAAGGGCUACCACUCCUACCCCGGCGCUACGUGCCUUCCGAGACGAGGUUGCAGAAUGUGUCCAGCCGGACCUACACACGAUGGAUAAUGUCGUCCUUCAGGCAGCGCUCAAGCACUACCCCAAAAAGGAGCCGCCGCAAACGCCGCCGACUCAACCUGAGGAACUAGCAAGCAGCGCUAGACAUCUGUGGGCACUGCAUCGGCAAAUGAAGGCGCAGAAAUUCACAGCCAAGGGCAUCGUGGAGGCCUGGAAACUCUGGGCUCAGUUCGCGAAAGCUCACAAAAUCUACAAACACAGGGCCAAAGUGCGAUCGAAGGUCAGACGAGAUGAACUUCUACAACAAGCACAACAAGCUGCGGACAGGGGCAACUCUCACGAGAUGUGGAGUGUGAUUAAACGCCUAGCACCAAAAAGCAGACACAAAAAGGUCCAGCUCUACAAGCACGGCCAUCUGAUGACCCCCACAGCGGAGUUAGACUGGAUCGCGGAGGCUUUCGGGGAAAGAUUCGGGGCCCAGUUCUCUAGCGAGCCUGGGGCACUUCUACGUCAACAUGCGCCUGUUCAACUUCAGGAGGACUACGUGCUCGAGGAGCUCCAGAAUAUUCCUGUUCGGAAGGCUGUCCCUCCUGGGGCCGUUCCCGCGAUUGCGUGGCGAGCAUGUGCUGCACAGAUUGUUCACCCUCUGGUCCGGAAGGUGAACGAAGACUGGCGAGCAGCACAGGUCCGAGUUCAUCAGGAUUGGGCCAAGGCAGAUGUUGCGCUUCUUCCCAAAGGGAAAUCCAAUGCUAGCUCUCCACUGGACCUCAGACCCAUUGGUUUGCAGCAUCCGGUGGGGAAAACCAUCAUGAAGGUUGUUCUCUCGAUGGCAAAGGAGGAAAUGGUCGAAAUGGUGCGGAAGUGGCCUCAGACGGCCUAUCUGCCAGGCCGGUCCACUACUACGGCUUUGAAAACUGUCUCUGCUCACUGCGAUGCUGUCAGAACACAAUGUGCUCGUACCAGGCGGAGCUUGCACGACAAAUACGACGGGAUCACUGCCCCUGCUUUCACAGGCGGGCUCCAGGUAAGCCUGGAUUUGACUGCAGCUUUUGAUUUAGUAGGAUGGCAGCAUAUCAAGCAUGCGAUGGAGAUGGCGCACAUCAAUGAAUCUGUUCAGGAACUUCUCCUACAGUGGCUCCGCCAAGUGAUCUACGUGUUUCAUCACGGCCGGGAUUCAAGGUCGGUGCGGCCUCAUUGGGGACUCAGACAGGGAUGCAUUGCGUCCCCUAUGCUGUGGAGCAUCUUUACGGCUCUUCUGUGUCAGGCUUUUGAUGUCCAGCUACGUGAAAGCUGGUCGGGAGAACAUGCUGUACUGUAUGCCGAUGACUCACACCUAAGGUGGCAGUUUAGUACAUUCAUGGGUUUGGAGAAAUCCAUCGCGGAGCUCAGGAUCAUUCUGAAGAUCUUCGCUCGGUUUGGCAUGAAGGUGAACGAGAAGAAGACCCAGGCACUUCUGAUGGUCACGGGCAGUGACAAAGGGAAGGUGCACAAACACUAUGUUCGUACUGGACACGAGGGCAAGCGUCUUCUACUGUCGCCGAAGGAUCCUACCAGAUGGCUACCGCUGGUCACUCAGGCUCAGUAUCUGGGACUCAUCAUUGCCUACGAUCGAUUCGAGGCCCUCUCCACGCGCCACCGCAUCUCCAAAGCGAACCAGCGCCGGUGGGCUCUCGCCCCGGUGUUGCACUCUCGUCGGCUUGGGGUGAAAUACAAGUUGCAGGUGUGGCGUUCAUGCGUGCAGUCGACGCUCCUCUACGGGCUCCAUGCUUUUGGCCUGACGCCCAAGUUGAUGCGUGAGAUCCAAGCCACUGCGAUGAAACAUGUUAGGGCUGUGGUAUCGGACCCCAGACAUGUUACCGGCCAUACACAUCAGGAAGUUCUUGAUCAAUACAAGCUGGAGGACAUGCACACCCUCAUCAGCCGGGCACAUGAUCGAGAACGGGCAGAUGGUGGGGACCCUGACUGGAUGACUCUGCCGGCCUGGAAUGAUCAUAUCACCCAAUGUUUGCAGGAAGUGGUGGUGGCCAAAUCUGGCCAAGAUCAGGACUCUGAGCCUGAACACUGGGCAUGCCCGGAGUGCGAUUCCUUCUUCUGCACGGCGGCUGCCUUGAAGAUCCAUGCACACAAGGCACACGGUAUCUACAACAAGUCACACGGCAGUUACACCAGCAUUGCGGACUUUGUGGACAAUGGGAAGUCGCAAGUGGCACCAAACAUGUUCGGGCCUCGCGACCAGGAGAUGGACGAGUUCUUUGGGGCGGUUCGUGCAGGGACAGAAGGGACCCCGGGGUACCAGGGGGAGGGAGAUCAGCGGGAAGCUGCGGUACACACCGACUGGGGCAGCGGAUCCGGAUGGGGCAACCAUCAGUCGAACUCCCACCACUACCCUCAGCACCAUCACUAUCCAAAACACCACGGCAGGGAUCCCUUGAUCUAUUCUUUGGCAAGGGUCGUGCUUCAGCAGGAGCAGGAGAUCAAUCUGCUGAAACAGGACACAUCGUUGGUUCUGUGGUUCAGUCCGGGGGGCGACUCGAUUUUGGGUCAUCUCUACCGUACAGCCCUGGAAUUCAAAAAGAAGCAGGCUGCCGAGCCCACUUGGGGAAUGGCCCACAUGCCGUUGAAACAAGUUAUGGCUCUCUCGAUGUUUCGCGAACUAAAGGACCGCCACCACAAGGUUCUCAACACCAAGGAGUUGCUUCAGCGAGCAUUGGAGAUGGGAUGGCGGGACGCUCAGGGCUGGCACUUUCAGCAGUGGAACCCGAAGCUAAAGCAUCUGGAAUUGGACAAAUCUCGACCACAGCUCUCAGACGUGGACAUGUCGAACAAGCUGGAGGUUCUGACGGAGCAUGUAAAGAAAGAUGUGGUGCAUCGCUUUCACUGCACACGACGCUUGACAGAGACCAUGGACAGCAAGGCCACUUUCAAGCUAGACCUCUCAGUUCGGAACAAACAUGCGGAGGAGAUUUGGGACAUCCUGAUCGAGCUCCAGGGCUGCUGCGUGUUUCAGUUGAUCGGUUUGGGUUACAGGCGGGAGCGACUGGGCAAGGGACCUCUUUGCCAGAAGAUACAGGAGCAGCUCCGGUACUGA